AUGGUGAAACCGGCCCCACCAGAGAACGUCAUGGAUGUCCAGAACAAGAGACGCAGUAAGAGCAGCAGAGCUGAGGUUCAGGAAGCUCCUUUGAGGAGCACAUGGCCUAAAAGCAAACUUUGGGAAAAGAGAACAGCCAAAGUGCAGCCUCUGAACGACUCCACACUGCCCCCUACUGAAGAUGAUUUUGUCCCAAAGAAGAAGAGGAAACACAUCUUCAGGAGAGCGUUUACCUUAAAGUGA